AUGUCUCUCAUCGGCACCACCCUCCUCGCUGCAUGGCCUGAAGGAGCUGCCUCGUGGUGCUUGUGUGCUGCAGACGGAGCUGCGCAAGCCUGCUCAACGCCUAGGAACUCACAGAGCGGCUCAGGGGCAGGAGUGUGGAGUGCAACUUUCGGAAGUGGAGGAAGCCUGGGGAGAGCCUUCCAAGGGGAAGGCUGGGGGCCGCUACUUGAGCCUUCUCUGCAGUGUCUAGGGAUGGACCGGGGGGAAAUUCUGCUGCAGCACUCGGGGGGGGGCCCCCACGCCUUUUCUGCCUCGGAGAGCUGCUGUCCAAUUGGGGUGGCGAUGCACCCGGAGAGACAGAUGCUGAGGCACGGCUUCAAGCAUGGAUUCCAAUUUCGUCUUGAGGCUCCCCAGGAAGCCUCCCCCUUAGGGCCCCCACCAGGGGGGUCCCCUGUGGGAGUGGGCGCCUGUGUGGCCCUUGUGCUUCAGAGCAACAGAACGCCCAUAUCCCUGAAGGGGCCUCCACCAGGCUGCGCGAAUUCCCAAGGAAGUAGCAACUCUGCUCAGUGCGGGGGCAGCCUCUGCGAUUUCUUCUGGCCUUCUCUGGGAGACUGCGUGGGCUUGGAAUUCAGGCUGGGAAUCCUUCCUCCCCCCUCUUCUGGGCAGGAGUCUUCAAGGGGGGCAGCGGCCUUUUUGGCCUUUGAGGCAGACCUCCUUCUUGGGGGGGGGGCCCUCGCGUCUCUCUUCGAGCGCAGUUUUGCUCGUGCAGCUCCCGAAUCCGCCGCUGCCUCUCUCUUUAGCACGCAGCAGCAGCAGCAGCAGCAGCAGAUCCCAGCACACCCUUGGGCCUUACUGGCGACUGCUCGGCAGGCGCUGCCACCUACUAAGGACGGUUGUGUCUCGCGUGAGGGGCCCCCUGCGGGGCCCCGGCCCCCCCCGGCUGUGCUUCUUAGACGUGGCCUUGUGACGUGGUCUCUCCCAUCGGGGGCCCCCCUGGAUGCAGAAGAAAUAUUCGUCGAAGUGGAGUAUUCGGCAGAGAAGCGGCGGCUGCGAGUCUUUGCGACUCGAGGAACGCAGCGCCCGCAGCGGAAGCAGCAGCUCUUGGGGGCCCUCCGGCACAACGCAGAAGGUGCCCCCUGCUUAGAGGUGUCUGACUUUGAUCCGGUUACAGUGUACCUGCUGGAAGGGAAAGCUGAGAUUUCUCUUGCGGUGUCUGCGCAGCUACGGAACCUAAUUUCCCUUAGACUGGGCGCUGCUUACGUUGGGUCUAUCCGAGUUCGCCGGUGGUAUCACGAAGCCCAGCAGCCGCCACUGCAGCUGCGUAGUCUGCAGCAGCAGCAGCAACAACAACAACAACUGUCGAUCGACUCGACAGCAGGGCCUCACUCAGGCGCUCCUGAGAUUCUCGCUGCGCGGCUGCAGCUGGACCCGAAGGGGGCCCCCUGGCCUCUCCCUUUGCUGCUGAGCGACACUGCAAUCGAGUCGUACAAUGCGCUUUUUUCCUUACUGCUGCAACUGCGGGUCCUCUCGCGGAGGCGACGCAUCGUCUUUGCCCAAAAGACUUUUCCUGGAGCAUCCAGCGCGCCUCAGGGAGACCCCGUGAAUGUCUGCCGACAGUUUUGGGCUGCGAGGGGCGAGGUGGCCUUUUACAUUUCCCGCAUCUACGCCUACUUCCAGUACUACGCAAUUAUGCCUGGAUUCGACGAAGUAGAGAAAACCGCGAACGGGAGGCAUGACUUUGAGGAGAUUCGGCUUGUCCAUGAGAAUUUCCUUACCCAGCUCGCCUCACGCUGUUGGCUGCGUGUGUCUUCUCUUCUCCGCCCGCUGAUGCGUCUGCUAGCUGCAGGGCGCCGUCUUGUCGAGCUGGGGUCUGUGGCAACGCGCAUGCCUGGCGGCCUGCUGGGGGGGCCCCCUGCUGAUGGGCCCUCUUCAGAGGAGGCCUCCACAGGAGGCUGCAGCAAGCAGCAUUCCUCAGAGGUCAGGCUGCAUCAACACGCAGACUUCAUAGCACGCUGCUGCGCGCUUCGGUGUGCAGAAGCAUAGAGGCCAACUUCAGCAUUUUGCGAAGGCCGCACUCUUUUGCAGGUGUUGAUUUUUGGUAUCCUGGAGGGCCCCCAAUGGUCCUUCCUCGCGGAGGCGAUUGCAACCACGCGGAAUGAACUGAGGGCACACGCCUCGCAGAUGUAUAUGGAGAUGAGUGCUCUGAAGCAGGGGGCCCCCCACGCUCACUUGGGAGCGCUUGCGUUACCCCUGGACUUCAAUGGCUUCCUUUCACACCUGGUUUCAGGAGCUCCCUGCACGCCCCGAAACGUCUCCUACACGGGAGCCUUAAAUACACCCAGGAGUGUAAGUGCUGAGGGGCGAGAUCCUGCCGAGCUACACGAAUGCCACCCCGUCAUAGUACCCGAGAGUGCAGGGGCCCCUACCGCGGCUGCUGCCGCUGUCAUUGGGCCCACUCGGCCCUCCACAUUAUCACGAACCUUGGAGAGCAAGCACUUAAGGGGGACUCCUCCUCCCCAUCUCCGCCGUUCGGCCAGUGUGGGGGAAAGCCUUCGCCAAAGGCCCCCUUCUUCUCCGCCUCGCUUCUGGGGAGACGAUUCAGCAGAAGCGAACUCAGAUGAAGACGGUGUGCUGUUGCACAGCUGCCGCUCAACGGACACCGACGCCGACGCCUCCCGGUGGGGGGCCUCCUCUCUUAGAAGGACCCCCAGUUACCCGACCCGAAGGGAAGAGAAGGCCCUCGGCUCCUUAGGGCCUCUCUUGAGGCCGCUGCCGCCAACUGGGGGCCCCCCGUUUUUUGUACCCAAUAUGUACUUUUCCACUGGAGCCUCCGAUGGUCCUGUGGCCUCCCAAGGAAGCGGCGAGCCUCCUCUUUCGGAGUAUCCUGAGGAGUACAAGGUACUAGCCGAGGAAGCCCACGAGGCCCUUGCAGCCGCAAGGAAGAAAAUGUUGGAAAGGCGAGGACUGGGGGCCCCGGAUUUGUAUUGGAAUGCCGGGGAUGGGUGA